AUGCGCAGCCUUCAACUCUUGGCGCAUUCCAGUGCUCGUAUACCUGGGAUCAAUCCGAGAUCGCGUGCUUUCAUUGCCAACAAUCCCGAGGACAACACGACCUUUGUUGCAUUCGAAGACAGCACCUCCUCCAACAUUCGUGUACUGCUUAAUGGCAUCGCUCCCGACGAUGCUCUCUCGUUUGUCGAACUUGCUCGUGUCCCGAUCGUCGAUCAACAGUUCAAAGGAAAGGCGAUCGUAGGCUUCACCUACUUGGCCGAUCAACAAGUUGCUUGCUUGGCUGCUCGCAACGGUGAUAUCAUGCUUUUCAGCAAAGAGCGCUUUGACAAUGGCGAAGAGGCUCUUGAAAUUGUUGGUAGCGUCGAUACAGGCAUUGAAGCUAUGGCAUGGAGUCCAGAUCAGGAUUUGGUUGUUUUGGUCACUGGCCACAGAAAUGUACUAGAAAUGACCCAGGAUUUCGACACUAUCACUGAAUUCCCAUUGCAUGUCGAAGAACAAGGAGAAGGUGUACAACAUAGUGUUGGAUGGGGUCGUAAGGAGACGCAAUUCCAUGGAUCUGCUGGCAAACAAGCUGCGCUCAACAAAGUUGAUACCAGCAAGUUCACUUUAUCAGAGGAUGAUGAUCACAAUGCACGCAUUGCUUGGCGAGGUGAUGGUAGCUUCUUUGUGGUCUCCGAUAUUGAUCAGCAGAAAUCUGCUCGUGUCGCUCGUAUCUACAACCGUGAAGGUAUCCUUCAAAACACAAGCGAGCCUGUGGAUCGUCUUGAACAUGUCCUUGAUUGGAGGCCUUCCGGCAAUUUGAUUGUUUCGAGUCAACGUUUACCCCAUCGUCAUGAUAUUGUGUUUUUGGAACGAAAUGGCUUGAGACACGGUGAAUUUACCUUGCGUGAAAAGACCAACCACAAGCUCUUGGAAGUCUCUUGGAACGCUGAUUCGACUAUGCUUGCCGUUUGGUUGGAAGCUGAGAAUGCAGCAGGCAAACGUCAAAAGACAGUGCAACUCUGGACAGCUAACAACUACUAUUGGUACAUGAAGCAGCAUCUGGUAUUCGCCAAUGAUGAGGAUAUUGUCGGUUUCCAAUGGGAUGUGGAAUCACCAUUGUGCGCCCAUAUUGCAACAAGUGGUGGACAAUACCACAAGUAUAAUUAUGCAACCAAUGUCAUCGCCAGCACAUCCGUGGAAGAAGACAAUGCUGGCUAUGUAGCCGUGAUUGAUGGAGCUACCGUUCUCUUGACACCAUUCUGCCAUCAAAAUGUACCUCCUCCCAUGUGUGCCUUGAAAUUGGCUUUGGAUGAUAACGUGCAGCAAGUGGCCUUUGGUCCUGAAAGCUCCGGUACUCAAUUGGCAGUUGCUACCAAUGAUGCUAUCCAGUUCUUUGCGGUGCCUGCGAAUGCACGAGGUGAAACGAAGACUCUUGGAAAGGUUGCUGUAGCGUCUUUUAGAGGAUCUCAAUCAUACACAAGCAGCAUUAUGCGACACGUGUGUUGGAUUGCUGAGAACAAGAUCGCUUAUGUGCAAUAUGACGAAGAACAAGAAACCGAUGUCUUGUCAUUGGCAACACUCUCGGCUGCUUUUGAUGGUGUUCAAUCGAUUGCCUCUUGUCCAUUGGAAAAGCCUGUUGGCCGCAUGUACUAUAAUGUCACCUUCAAGGAUUUGGUUGUCGAAGCUAUGGAUGGAUCGGUGUUUGAAGUUCAAUCUGAUGAAAGCAAUGAGCUCGUUGUGCUCCCUAUUCUCUCGUUCCCCGCAUUUUGCCCUUGGAUCGCUACUACACGUGUUGGUGUCAAGGAAUCGGAACCCGAGAGAGUCGUUAUUGGAUUGAGCGAGAGAGGCAAGCUUUAUGCAAAUGACCGAUUGUUAUCAAGCGAAUGCACAUCAUUCUUUUUGCGAAGCGAUUGGCUUGCACUUACAACCACCAGCCAUAAUGCUCGUUUCCUUCCCCUUGAUAUCUCGUUUGAUGAAUUCAAGAUUUCAGAUAAUGAACCAAGCGCACACGAUGAGACCUAUCGCAGAGUGGAACGUGGUGCACGCAUUGUGCUGGCUACUCAAUUAAAGCCCAACCUUGUGUUGCAGAUGCCUCGUGGUAAUUUGGAAACCGUUAGUCCUCGUGCGUUUGUGCUGGCCCGUAUCCGUGAAGAUGUCAAAGCAUUGGACUAUCGCCCCGCCUUUAUUGCAUGUCGUCGUAACCGUAUCGAUCUCAACAUUCUUUACGAUGAGGAUCCAGAGCUCUUUUUCGAAAACAUUCCAAAGUUUAUUGAGCAAGUACCCGAGGUGGAUCACUUGAACCUUUUCCUUUCCAAUCUCAAGAAUGAAGAUACCACAAAGACUCUGUAUCAACGACUUGGCAAAUCAGAUGACUCGUCGAGUGAAGUGAGUGGCAAGGUGAACAAGAUUUGCAAGGCCUUCCGGGAUGUUUUGAUGGAUCUUGGCCGCGAUCAAUACAUUCAAUCUAUCCUGUCGACCUAUGUGAAGAGCACACCACCUGAUUUGGAAUCUGCACUGCAAUUGUUGGCUGAUAUUAAACAAACAAGCGUCAGCAAGGCUGAAGAGGCCCUCGCGUACACCAUUUUCCUAUGUGACGCUGACAGCCUUUACAAUGUCGCUUUGGGCAUGUAUAACUUUUCAUUGGUGCUGAUGGUUGCACAACAGGCGCAAAAGGAUCCUAGAGAAUACUUGCCAUUCCUGCAAGAACUGCAAAAGCUCGAAAAGUUUUACCAACGCUUCAGAAUCGAUGAUUACCUCAAGCGAUAUGAUUCGGCUCUCAGGAACUUGACCCGUGCUGGCGAUGAACACUUUGAUGAGUUGUUGGGCUAUAUGCGCAAGCAUACUUUGUACAAGGUGGCUCUCGAAGAAUAUGCAAACAUCCCUGAGAAAAAGAAUGUCAUUUUGAACGCCUAUGCUGAACACUUGGCAGAUACUUCUGCUUACGAUGAAUCGGCUAUUGUGUAUCAAUUGUGCAAUGAAAUGGACAAGGCAUUGAACAGUUACCGCUUGGCAGGAUCAUGGAGGGAAGCUUUUGCCAUGGCAAACCAAUUGCAACAUUCCGAGGAUGAUAUCCAAGGCCUUGCAUAUGAUCUCGUGGAGUACCUUAAGGAUAAGAGCCGAUUCGAUGAAGCUGCCAUUGUGGCGGUUGACUAUGCAAAGGAUGUUGAAGAAGCGGUUGAUUGCUUGCUCAGGGGCUCUCAUUGGCAAGAAGCUAUCCGAGUGAGCCACACACAAAAUCGCAGCGAUUUGAUCGAGACUCAUGUAAAGCCUGGAUUGUUUGAUGGUUACUCCCAAAUGGACGAGGAUCUCAAUGAUAUGAGCAACCAAUUCCACAAGCAAAAGGAUCGAUUGAAGGAAUUGCGUGAAAAGAAACCAGAGCCCACUGCAGUGUUGCCCCAUGAUGAGUCACUUGACAAUAUUGACAUGUUCUCAGACACCACGUCCAUGUUCAGUCAGUUUACUCGAUACACAUCAGCAUCAUCUCGUAUGUCCACCUUGUCCUCGGUCUCCUCCAAAGCUAGCAGAAAAUCAUCCAGAGUGCGUCGUCGUGAGCAACGUAAAAAGGAACGUGGAAAGAAGGGUACCAUUUAUGAAGAAGAAUACCUCGUCAAAUCGAUCAAAAAGUUGUGUGAAAAGGCCACCACUAUGCAAAAUGAUGUGCGUAGCCUUUUGAGCGUUUUGGUACCUUUUGGUUAUAUGGACGAAGCACGGAAUAUCCAGGAGAAGUUUGCUCGAAUCUUGGUUGAGUUUAAGGAGGCGAUCCCCACUGUAUUUGUGCCAUUGCAGCUGCCUCUUGGCAAGUAUGCCACCCAAGAAGAGAUUGAUGCUGCCAAGGAACCAGUCUCCGUUGAAAAGCCCACGAUGCAAGAUAUCGACUGGAAGUUGCAAAUCCUAUCAUAG